CAUGAUUCCUUGGAACAGGUUUAUGAUGUAACAAAAUUCUUGGAGGACCACCCAGGUGGGGAUGAGGUUUUGCUGUCAGCCACAGGAAAAGAUGCAACUGAGGAUUUUGAGGAUAUUGGUCAUAGUACCACAGCGAAAGCAAUGUUGGAUGAGUUCUACGUCGGAGACAUGGAUUCAUCGAGCAUCCCGACCAAGUUCAAGUACAAGCCUCCAAAACAGCCUCACUAUAAUCAGGACAAGACAGCAGAGUUUAUUAUCAGGACCCUUCAGUUUCUAGUUCCGCUGAUCAUCUUAGGCGUGGCGGUCGGUAUCCGUUUCUACACCAAAUCAAAAUAACCAUUGAAACUGGGAAAGUAAUUGAUAGACAUUAUGAAAAUAUGGUAGUGUUGAAAGAAUCCUGCUUGUUUUCUGCUUUGGAAAUUGAACUGCAAUUGCUCGGGAUUGCCAGGAUGUGAUCUUUCUCCGUCCCAAAUAACAUGUUAAUGUAUGCACUGUCAAUGUAUUCUGCAUUUAUAUAUCCCAUCAUUUUUCUCAUCA